AUACAUGCAUCCCAACACGUCCACACAUACAUACUCAGACAGUAGUACAUCAAACAUGGCCGGAGCUCAUCGUAAGGUCCGCGAGCUGUUAGAGCACACGCGGCGGCGCUCGACGGCCGCGCUCAACAAUGUAAUGUCCCUCAUGCGCUCGCUAUCCGGGUCAUACGCGCAGCACCACGUCAAGGAGCGCGUGGCGCGGUGGCGCCGCGCGCUCGCCGGGCGGUUAUCGCCGCGCCUCGGCUCGCCGCUCGUCCACGUCGCGUACUUCCUCGCCGUCUCCUGGCUCGGUUACCUUGUCCUCGCGCAGCUCAGGUUCCGCGCCGGCGGCGAGGGGACGAGGCGGCCCGGCGCCAUCGAUCUGUUCUUCACCGCCGUCUCGGCCGCGACGGUGUCGAGCAUGUCCACCGUCGAGAUGGAGGCGUUCUCCAACGGCCAGCUCCUCGUCCUGACCGUGCUCAUGUUCGUCGGCGGCGAGGUGUUUUUGUCGCUCCUAGGCCUCGCGUCCAAGUGGUCCAAGCUGAGGAAGCAAGCUGUACGCAAAUCCCGUCGCGUCGAGAUCCACGACGUCGCCGAGCUUGAGAUGCCGCCGGUCGCCGCUGCUGGCGAAUUCGACAACCCAACGUCGAUUACGUCGACCGCCGACGACGAGAUGAGCAAGCCGUUGGACCGCUUCGAUGACACGAGGCUGCGGCGCGACGCGGUGUUGUCGCUCUUCUUCGUCGUCCUCGCCAUCCUCCUGACGGUGCACGUCGUCGGAGCCGUCGCCGUCGCGGCGUACAUCUUGCAUGCGUCGCCGGCGGCGAGGCGGACGCUUCGGGAGAAGGCCCUGAACGAGUGGACAUUCGCCGUGUUCACGACGGUGUCCACGUUCUCGAGCUGCGGGUACAUGCCGACAAACGAGAACAUGGCGGUGUUCAAGCGGGACACCGGUCUGCAGCUGCUGCUCGUGCCGCAGGCGCUGGUCGGGAACACGCUGUUCCCGCCGCUGCUGGCCGCGUGCGUGCGCGCCGCCGCCGCGGCAACCAGGCGCGUGGAGCUCAAGGAGACGGCGAAGGAGGGCGGGGAACUGACGGGGUACUACCACCUGCUCCCGGCGCGGCGGUGCGCGAUGCUAGCGGCAACGGUGGCCGGGUUCGUCGCCGUGCAGGCGGCGAUGUUGUGCGGCAUGGAGUGGGGUGGCGCGCUGAGCGGGAUGAGCGCGUGGGAGAAGGUGUCGAACGCGGUGUUCCUCGCGGUGAACUCCCGGCACACCGGCGAGACAACCCUCGACCUCUCCACCCUCGCGCCGGCCAUCCUCGUCCUCUUCGUGCUCAUGAUGUACCUCCCUCCAUACACGACAUGGUUUCCAUUUGGAGAGAGCUCCAGCGUGAAGGACCAUCCCACGGAGGAGACCCAGGGGGUGAGGUUGCUCAAGAGCACGCUUCUGUCACAACUCUCCUACCUUGCCAUCUUUGUCAUCGCCAUCUGCGUCACUGAGAGGGAAAAGCUCAAGGAGGACCCCCUCAACUUCAACUUGCUCAGCAUCGUCGUCGAAGUCGUCAGCGCUUAUGGAAAUGUGGGCUUCUCCAUGGGCUACAGCUGCAGUAGGCAGAUCAGCCCGGACGGGAUGUGCACUGACAGGUGGACCGGCUUCGCUGGGAGGUGGAGCGAUUCCGGCAAACUCAUCCUCAUUCUUGUCAUGCUCUUCGGGAGGCUGAAAAAGUUCAGCAUGAACGCGGGCAAAGCCUGGAAGCUUAGUUAGAAGAGGUACCAGAUGACCAUUAAUUGCAGGCACCAGUGGUCAUGGAGUGGAGCUCCGAGUAAGACACAAGAUGGAAUGCUCCCGACUUCUUUUCACCCCAUCUGUAUGGCUGUAUUCUUUUUAGACGCAGAAGGGAGCCUUCAAUGUGUCAUCCCUGUAGACUCACCUGUGAGUGCUGCUGGUUUCAGAUUAGACGAGUAAAGUUGAUCAUAGAAUUAUCAAGGCUUGCUAAUUAACUA